ACUCCUUUAAAACAGAGGGGAAGCCAACGCCCCGGCCCACAUUCCCGUCCAACACGGUCAGGAGCUCUGUCCCUCUCUGGUUCCAUCCCUCGACGAGCAAAGACCAGGCGUGAAAGGUGGUAGCUUUGGUGUCUUCUGAUUUCUUUAAGGACUCGAGUCCGUGACCCAGAGACCGUCAAGAUGUUGGUGCUCCUGGCUGGGAUAUUCGUCAUCCACAUCGCCACCGUGGUCAUGCUGUUCGUCUCUACCAUAGCCAACGUUUGGAUGGUGACAAACAUCAGCAACAGAUCUGUGGGACUCUGGAAGGAAUGUGUGAAUGGAAUAUGCGGCCAGAUGAGAGUUUCAGACACAGAUGCCCUCAAGGCCGUUCAAGCCUUCAUGAUCCUGGCUAUCAUCUUCUCCUUUGUGGCCCUGUUGAUCUUCGUGUUCCAGCUCUUCACGUUGGAGAAAGGCAAUCGUUUCUUCAUCUCUGGAGCAGUCAUGCUGCUUUGCUGGGUCUUCGUCCUGAUCGCUGUCUCCGUCUACACCGAUCGCCUUACUGGGUAUUUCAGUCCCGAAGAGAGUCACCAUGGCUACUCCUUCAUCCUCGCCUGGAUCUGCUUCUGCUUCAGUUUCCUCACUGGUGUCGUCUACCUAGUCUUGAGGAAGAAAUAAGGCUCCUUGGACUGAGGGGGCAGGGCUUGGGGUGGGAAAGGGGGUGGGAGGGACCUCGGGGGUGGGGGGAAGGUGGGGAUGAGCAUAGAGGGAACCAAAAGUCCCCUGAGGCCCGGGGACUUGGAAGCUUUGAAAAUCAGCGAGGGUGGCCCCGGUUCCCUCUCCGUGGGUGCUGCCUCGGUGGGUGGGGGGAGAUCCGGCCCUUCCGUUCCUUCCGUCUCCCCUGGUGGGUGAGUGCCAUGGAUCGGGGGUUGGGAGCCUCCAACCUUUCCAGCAUUUGCGAGAGCUCAUUCCCUCACUGCCCCAUAUAAUGGUGGAGGGAGAACUCUGGGGAAAGAACAACCCCCUCUCCUUCCUCCCCAACUGGUCCUUUAGCCCAUCUCCCCUCAGAUUCUGGAGAGAUGCAGACAGGGAGGGGUUGGAGGGGGAUGGAGGCUGAAAGUGGCUGAGGGAGAGAGAACGUGUGGAUGGUGGUGUUUGGGGGGUGGUGGGCAGACCAGUGUGGGGGGAUUCUGGGAGACAACGGUCUUGCUAUGACCUCUAGGCCAAGGGAGAAGACAUCUCUGAUUGGCAUCUGGAGUUUUCCCUUGCCCUUCCCCGUUCCUCUUCCUUUUCUCCCUCCUCCUCUUCCUUCCCUCUCCCCCUUCUUUCUCCCCCUCUCUGUGCCACCUUCUCCUCCCCACUCCCCUCAAUAUGGUUUUCUGGGGGAACGGUGAGCUCUGAUCCUCACCCUUUGCUGAAGUUCACGCUCGAGAGGGUUGUUCUCAGAUUCCUUCUGGUCGGGUGUAUUUGGGAGUGGUGGGGGUGGACUGGCAAUAGUCCCGGGGGUGGUAGAGGGGAGGUGAGACCUCGUGAGCUCACCGGGAUCGAGGGUUGACACUAGUGCGGGACGGGGAGAGGGGAAGGGGAGAACCUGUGUGCUCACUACCACUGUGGAGUUGGCACCGAUGCCAGGAGGGAAGGGAGACUUCAUGAGCCCACCGGGAUUUGGACGUGGCUCUUCCCGGAGUCGACCAUCGGGCUGGUGGUACCCGCCGGGACGAAUUCCACACACGCAGUGGAGGCGCUCGCCGUGGAUGUCCGUGACCGAAGUGCGAAAGAACUCAUCGCCGUCGGCUCUCCUGUCACGUCGCUCCCCGGUUGCUGGGGGAAGAAGCUCUAAACCAGAAAUGUAAAUAUUUUGAUACCUGUUUGACGUCAGAGAUCACAAAUACAUUCGGAUUUCUUUCUCCACGG